CCUCUGUGCGCAGUACUGUGAGGGAGGGGAGCAAGGAUGAGGUUUUCGCGGCCUGUAGAGUUGGUUUCAGAAAUGUAACGUAGUUAUCGCUUCGACGGAUGUUUUACACGGACCUAAAGUCAAUUUGAAGCUGCUGGCGCUCUAAACGGUUUGCAUAUUGGAUAAAUGUGCAUGAGGCUCUUGAAAAGCCACACUGGACUGCGAGGAAGUCAGAAAGAAAACCAGGAAGUAGCUUUUAACGAGUGGCGAUGGCCUAUUCUAACUACAGCACCCUGAACAGGGCUCAGCUCACCUUCGAGUAUCUGCACACCAACUCAACGACACAUGAGUUCCUGUUUGGCGCUCUGGCUGAGCUGGUGGACAACUCCAGGGAUGCAAAUGCCACCCGGAUUGACAUCUACACAGAGAAGAGACAAGAUUUGCGUGGAGGCUACAUGCUAUGUUUCUUAGACGACGGCACAGGAAUGGACCCCAACGAGGCGACCCAUGUGAUCCAAUUUGGGAAGUCCACUAAGCGUACAUCAGAUUCUACUCACAUCGGCCAGUAUGGAAAUGGUCUCAAAUCGGGCUCCAUGCGUAUUGGGAAAGACUUUGUUCUGUUCACCAAGAAGGACAACACUCUGUCCUGCCUGUUCCUAUCUAGAACGUUCCACGAGGAGGAGGGGCUUGACGAGGUGAUCGUACCCCUGCCCACCUGGGACCUACUGACCAGACAGCCAAUCACAGGCGACCCUGAGAAGUUCGCCAUAGAGACGGAGCUCAUCUACAAAUACUCUCCUUUUAAAAACGAACAGCAGCUGAUGGAACAAUUUAACAAGAUAGAGGGCAGCAGCGGUACUCUGGUGAUCAUCUAUAACCUGAAGUUGAUGGACACCAGAGAACCAGAGCUGGAUGUAGAGACAGACCACCAGGAUAUCCUGAUGGCUGGGACCCCCUCAGAGGGAGUGAAGCCAGAACGUCGGUCGUUCCGAGCAUAUGCAGCUGUCCUCUACAUCGACCCCAGGAUGAGGAUCUUCAUACAGGGACACAAAGUCAGGACCAAGAGACUGUCUUGCUGCCUCUACAAACCCAGGGUAUAUAAAUACACAUCGACUCGAUUCAAAACCCGUGCUGAGCAGGAAGUAAAAAAGGCUGAUCACCUCGCUAAAAUAGCGGAGGAGAAGGCUCGUGAGGCGGAGAGCAAAAGUCUGUCUCUGGAGGCCAAACUGGGAGACGACCUGUCCAAAGAGUCACGGGUCAUGUUGCGUAAGGCUCAGGAGGGGGCCAUGAUGCUUCGACGGGAGGCCGAAGUGAAAAAGAUGAUUCAGGAGUCCAAACAGAAAGCAUUGAAGGAGCCUAAGGAACUGAGUUUUAUCUUCGGGGUGAACAUUGAGCAGAGAGACCUGGAUGGGAUGUUUGUGUAUAACUGCUCUCGCCUCAUCAAGAUGUAUGAAAAGACUGGACCUCAGCUGGAGGGAGGAAUGGCGUGUGGAGGUGUUGUGGGGGUAGUAGAUGUUCCAUACCUGGUUCUGGAGCCCACUCACAACAAGCAGGACUUUGCGGACGCUAAAGAAUACAGACACCUUCUGAGAGCCAUGGGAGAACACCUAGCCCAGUACUGGAAGGACAGCAACAUAGCUCAGAAGGGCAUAGUGAAGUUCUGGGAUGAGUUUGGGUACCUGUCGGCCAGCUGGUCCUCACUCCCCUCGGCUGAGCAGAGAUACAAGAGACGCCGCGCCAUGGAGAUACCCCUCACCAUACAGUGUGAUAAAUGUCUGAAGUGGAGGACUCUGCCAUUCCAGAUGGAUGCGGUGGAUAAACGUUACCCGGACAGCUGGGUGUGUCUGAUGAACCCUGACAGCACUCAGGACAGGUGUGAUGCAGCGGAGCAGAAACAGAACCUUCCAUGUGCAGUUCUGAAGAAGGACAGACAGACAGCGGAGGACAAACAGAAAGAGCUGACAGAGAAGAUCAGACAGCAGCAGGAGAAACUAGAGGCUCUGCAGAAAACCAGCACCAUCAAAUCAGCUGCAGAUGUGAAGAAGUUGCCUCUGGACGUCAGCAUGAGACCCAUGAAUGACAGUUCUUCCCAGGCAACCAGGUCUUCAGAGCGUGUUUCACGCCCUCGCUCCCCCCCUCUCCCCGCCCUCCUCAAGAACGCCCCCAGCCAGCCGCCAGCCCUCAACCGCAAACUCACCAAUUCCCCUCGACCGACCACCCGGCCUGCUGCCCCAGCCUCCAGAGUCGACCAAUCUAGAGCCAGAGCUGCAGCGAAGCCAUCACCCCCUCCAGCAAAGCCCGCCCCCAAAGCCCCAGCCAAAAUCCCCGCCAAACCCACCCCUCUAAGCCGCAGCUCACGGAUUCAAGCCAAAUCGUCUCCUGCCAAAGCAACCACACCUACUACCAGCCAGCGCAAGAGAGUGAUGGAGCAGGAGGAGAGUGAGGAAGAGGAAGAGGAGGAAGAAGAGGAGGAGGAGGAAGAAGAAGAAGAGGAGGACAGCGAGGAGGAGAAGGAGCCUCAGCCCAAGAAAUCCAAGAUGGCAGCUGCAAUGGGGAAUCGUGGGAAAGCUGUUGAGAAAGCUCCACUCAAACGGGGAAAAGUGACAGAGGUCCCCACCCCCCCACUCAGCACCAAACCCCCGCCGCCUGAGAAGAGGAGUGCUACCAUACCAACACCACCGCCAGCCAAACCCAUCCCCACCCCGCCUAAGCCCUCGGCUGGGGUUAAAGCCAAGGUGACAGGCAGUGCAGAGGACGAGCACCCAGAGAAUGAACCGAAGAAUGCUCAGAAAGAUAAGGGUAUGUUGGUGGAGGUACGGGUGAAUAAGGAAUGGUUCACAGGCAAAGUGGUUGCUGUGGAAAUCAGUAAGCAGAGCAUUCGCUGGAAGGUGAAGUUUGACUACGUCCCCAGAUCCACCCCCAAGGACCGAUGGGUUUUCAAAGGCAGUGAGGAGGUGAGGUUGAUGCGACCCCCCUCUCCCCUCUCCCAGACCCCUGACACACAGCAAGGGGAGGGGACUGAAAAAGGGCCCGCCCCCAUGGAACCCGACACCACCCAACCAGGAACCAGUCGAGAGGUGACUGACAACCUGGUCAACAUGAUGAGGACGCUGCUGCGUUAUUUCUUCCCUCCUGAUUUCCGGAUCCCGAAGGACGAUGUCAACAGCAUGGCCGCAGAAGAGCUAGUGGCCUUCCCUAUGAAGGAGUAUUUCCAGCAGUAUGAGCUGGGUCUCCAGUCUCUGUGUAACUCGUACCAGAGCAGAGCUGACGCCAGAGCCAAAGCUGUGGAGGAGAAGAGUACCAGCGCUGAGACCAAACUCAGGGAGGCAGACGAGAAGCUACAGAAACUACGAACCAACAUCGUACAACUGCUGCAGAAAGUACAGGAGGACAUUGACAUAAACACAGAUGACGAACUGGAUGCCUACAUAGAAGACCUGCUGACCAAGGGGGACUAGUGAGGAGACAGACAUGCUCUCGGAACCCUGUCUUGCUCUCAGAACCUUGGUCCGCCUGUACUUCCCAAAGUACUGUAGCUCUGUAGAUCCUCUACAGAUGCUCUUUACCCAUAACCCUCCACGAGGCCUGCCCGCCCCGCUCUGCAGAUGGAGAGGAGAGGCAGCUGCUGCCUGACCUGCUGCUGUUGCCAUUUGGUCCCCAAGUUUGUUUUUAUAAAACUGCAGUAUGGUUUUCUGUUUCUCUGUCUGUUCUUGUUUAUUUAACAUUAGCAUGCUUUGGUUUUGGAUGGUCCAUUCUGAGAUUAGCACGUAACGGACGUCUCUCUUUAGUCCUUUUAUAUCAACAAUCUAUUAUGUUAUAUACAAACUCUGUUAAGCUACUGUAUGUUACACCAACCAGUCCUGAUUGACUGCAGAACUGAACUCUUCUCAAUCUGUAGGUGGGGAUCAGAUUCUGCUCUGUUGCUGUGUUCUGAUCUUGUGCCGCGUACACGCAUACAUACGCACGCCAGUCCGAGUACGGCACCAAGCGUCGCCGAUCAAAGUUCCUGUGAUGUAGAUGACAGGCGAUUCUGUGAUUUCAGAAGAGGGUCUGAUGGUAACCUAAUCUAUGGAGCAGUUAAGAUUCAUAUGUAUUCUCCAUAUUGAUCUGUGAUCAGGUGGAGAGAAAUUACAUGAAUCAUAAACCCAUAAUAGCGUCCUGACCCAUAACCCCUUUACCACCAGUCACAGUCCGAUACAAAUCCAGUCCUGUUGAGUGCCAGAUUUAAUGUAAGUUGCCAUCAGAUGGUCAAGCCAUUUCUACCCUGUGUUAAAGCGUUAUGUUUAACCCAGUGUUGAAAAAACAAAUCAGUGUUGCCUAGCUGCUUUCAACCACCUCUCCCCCCUAGCCUCUCUCUCCCACCCUAGCCUCCUCUCUCUCACACCCUAUCUUGUUAGCGUGUUUGACCAUGAAUCUUGUUCUGGAGGGCAGCUCUGUAGAGUGGUCACUAGCUGGCACAGCCACCAAGUCAUAAAAUCUGAUUUUACUCCUAACCUUAAAUUAAAACCAAAAGGCAAAUUUUUGUUUUCAUGAAUUUUUACAAUCUAGACCAUUUUGACUUUCCAGCUGGCCCAUCUAGCAGAAAUCUUUCAGUUAUGCCUCAAGGGCAAGUUUCAUGACACUAAACGUCAACAUGCAUCCUGUUCUGACAGUGUAGCCAUCGGGUUUACCAGCCAGACUAUUGAGGGUGUUUGGUCAUCCCAACGCCCUGGAGACUGAAGUACUUACUGGGUUUUAUCAGUACGAUUAUCUGUUACGUCUCAAUACAACUAUGUCCCUAUUGUUUCCUCUUGCCAUUGUGACAUGACAGUUCACUGUUUUCAUUUUGGUCUCAAAGGUGAUUGAGUUUAUAGUUAUCUAAAGUUCUCUGUUCAUAUUAUUCAGUGGUCAUGUUUCUUCUAAUGGGUAUUUUUAACAUGUCAAGAAAACAUUUUAUUAAAUAGGUGUAUGUUAUUUUGUCUGGUGUGUGUACUCUUUUUUUAUUUGUCUGUCUAUGGAGAAACAAUAAAUUGGGUUCCCAGA